AUGUCCGUCAUUCAGGUUUUCAACGAGGUAGUGCAUGAAUUGCUCUGCACCGGCGAGCUGGUGAACCUGAAGCUGAUCAAGAGCAAGACCAGCCACCAAGUCGCUGUCCAAGGGCUAACCACCUCGCAGGUACGUUCCAGUGAAGAGACCCUGGAUAUGCUCACUCGAGCAAUCGGUCGCCACAACACUGCGAUGACGACGAAGAAUCAGACAUCGUCGCGCUCACACUUCAUUUUCGUGGUGCGAGUUGUGAGGUCGCUACGAGGUCUCGGCGGUGAUGCCUUCAAUAAAAUCGGAGCCUUGCGCCUUUGCCAUGCCUUCCUGAAAAAAGAACCGAAAGCCCAAGCACAAAAUGCAGAAUUGGAUCGACUGCCAAGAGGUCUAUGGACUGCAUAUCCCCCGCCCCGGCUUUUAUCUAUAGAUUUGUAG